UUGUUGACUCUAUUAAGACCACCACCAACAACACCAAGUAAUCUCUCAUUUUCACUUCUAGUGUUCGGAGGCGAAGAGUUCCGCUAUUCUCUCUCUAAUGGGUUUCUUUUCCUUCCUCGGAAGGGUCCUCUUCGCCUCUCUCUUCAUCCUUUCUGCUUGGCAAAUGUUCAAUGAAUUUGGUGUAGAUGGUGGACCUGCAGCAAAGGAAUUGGCUCCCAAACUAGUAGUUCCCCAGAAGUUUCUGGAUUCUAAAUUGGGAGAAGGGGUCCUAAAAAUUGACGUUAAGCAUUUUGUUGGCGCCUCCAUUUUUCUAAAAGGGCUUGGUGGCUUUCUAUUUGUAUUUGGCAGCACCUUUGGUGCUUACCUACUGCUGUACCAUUUGGCAUACGCCACCCCACUUUUGUACGACUUCUACAAUUAUGACCUUGGAGAUCCAGAAUUUUUUGUACUCCUACAGGAAUUUCUGCAGUGCGUGGCACUUUUUGGCGCGCUGAUUUUCUUCCUAGGGAUGAAGAACUCAAUUCCAAGGAAACAGCUCAAAAAGAAGACCCCAAAAACAAAGACAGGCUAGAAAUAUCAAAGAACAAAUAGCUGGAAAUUUGGUUGGCCUGGAGGUGUUCAAAUUUGAGGUUGUGGAGUGGCUUCUCUGCGGCUCUGUUUUACAUCAUCGACCUUUUCUUUUUAAACUAGUUUGUCCAAUAUUUGAUGCUGUAAACUCUCUUCUCUUCUCUUCUCCUCUUUUUUGGAUUUCAAACAUAACAGGUUCGUCGCAAGCCCUUGUUCCAGGAGAGAGGUAUUGUCACUUCAAAAGAACACGUGUGAAAUUUAUUUCUUUUUUCUUUGUGCUAUUGCAAAAUGACUUUCUGCAAAAAGUUUAGGAUUCUUGUUACAACUAGUUGAGUUUGAAUUAAGAAAGACAAAACGGGCACUUUUACAUGAAAGUGGUAUCAUUCAUAGUGUUUACAA